UGGCCCCGUUAUCUUUCCAUCCAUCUCCUUUCUUCCCCGAAGCUGAGAAUGGCGGAACAGCUCGUCGCAUGCAGUCGUUGAUAAGAAGAAAAGAGGUUAUCUGAGAUCAUCGGCUCUGAUUCCGCUGUCAGCGUUUUCUUCCUCUCGCCCGCGUCGUAUCUCAUCUUUUCCUGGAUUUUUGUUCUGUCUGAUAAGGACAUUCUCCAGAUCGGGGUUCUUCUCUUUUAUCACCUUACAGUUUCCCGUCUGAUCAAACCUUCUUUGAUCAUUUCAAUCUCUUAUCGGUUAGGGUUGUCGGUUAUGUGGUGAACUGUUCGUCAUGCCCGGUGUGGCGGGGGUAUAAAUUAGUCUAUUUCUGAAAACUGAGUAGGAGAUCAGGAUCGAGAUCGAGGUGAAAGUGGGGAGAGAAAGAGAGAGAGAUUUGAGAUAGAGAAAUCUAUUUCUCCAUGGGAGAAUCCUUCCUAACUUCUCUGACUAUGGACAACUGCUAUCCUUCCACCUUCCUGUCUAUGGAACCCGCUAACACUGGGGCAGCAGCUAUGGCGGCAUCCCAUGAAGACUCUGAUCGGGAGCUCAUGAUUCAUAAUCGACAGCAGAUGUCCCUUUCGCUUCCUGCACCUGACAUUAACCUUCCCCUCUCUGCUGAAAGCUCCACUCCGCCGCCGUCCUGGAGCUCCGAUUCAUGCGAGAUCCUUGACCUCAGCCCUCAUAUGAAUGAAGUUGAGGCCACCGUCCUCCAUUUCCCUAAGGUGUGUAGCCGCAAGGGUACAAAGAGGGGCGAUAGCUUUUGGGGCGCAUCGUUUUUCUUCAACCACUACUUUAAGCCCUUGCUUUCUGAGAAAUCCAAGGCGAAGAUCAUCUAUGAUGAAAAUGGGUUCUCUGGUUUUGAUAAAUCUGAUCUAAAGCUUGAUGUUUUCCUGGUUCAGCAUGACAUGGAGAACAUGUACAUGUGGGUUUUCAAGGAAAGGCCCGAUAACGCGUUGGGAAAGAUGCAGCUUCGGAGCUAUAUGAAUGGUCACUCUCGACUUGGCGAAUCCCAGUUCCCUUUCAGUGUUGAUAAAGGGUUUGUUAGAUCCCACCGGAUGCAGCGCAAGCAUUACAAAGGUUUAUCAAACCCUCAGUGUAUCCAUGGCAUUGAGGUCGUGAGGUUGCCCAGUUUGACUCAUAUUCCAGAGGAGGAUCGGAAGAAGUGGAUGGAGCUUACUGGGAGAGAUCUGAACUUUCACAUACCGCCUGAAGCUAGUGACUUUGGAUCAUGGAGAAAUCUUCCUGUCGUAGAUAUUGAGCCCGAUCGACCUUCUCCUCUGCUGAAACAUGGCUCUUCUAGGAGAUUGCAAAAUGGUUCAGGGUUGAAUCUUCUUAAUCAUGAUCAUGAUUCUGAUGCGAUGGACUUAUCUCUUCAUUCAAACAAACGCAGGAAGGAUUCCUUCUCCCAAUCUAUGGAGGAAGAUUGUUGCUUUCUCCCAAAUUCUCAUCCAGAUAGGUCUCAGGAUAUGGAAAUUCAUUCAAUCGAGCCAUCAUGGAUCAAUGAUUUCAGUGGUGUGAUGAGAAGCGCUUGUGGUCCUGUUACUGCAGCAAAAACAGUGUAUGAAGAUGAUGAAGGUUAUCUCAUAAUGGUCAGCCUCCCCCUUUCUGAUCAGCAAAGAGUGAAGGUAUGUUGGAGAAAUGAUCUCACUCAUGGAAUAGUGAAGAUUUCUUGUGUUAGCACGUCUCGAAUGCCUUAUAUAAAGAGACAUGAUCGAACAUUCAAGCUCACAGACCCUUCUCCUGAGCAUUGCCCUCCUGGGGAGUUUGUCAGAGAGAUAUCACUCGCCACUCGGAUUCAUGAAGAUGCUAAGAUAGAGGCAUAUUAUGAUGAGACUGGAACUGUUCUAGAGAUAAUGGUUCCUAAGCAUGGUUCUGAGCCUGAAGAACAUGAAGUUCAUGUUUCUCUUCGUCCUCCACAUCUUGGAACUAAUGAUCUUAUGCUGAUUUGAAAGCUUCAGAUUCAUGGUUUCAUAUUUGGUUGCUGUGAUUAACUACUUCUAAAUUAGUUAAGUCAUCAUGAAGCUUGACUUAGCUGAAUAGAUUCUAAUCUUGCUCAUAGAAUUCUUAUAGUUUGCUUUAUUUGGCUUGAAUUAUGAUGGGAGCUCACAAUCAAAAUUUCGCAUUGAAUGGUCUGGAUUUUUUCUUAAUAGUACUUCUCAGAAAGCAGGUGCGGAGACGGAUAAAAAACUAUCCUUUUUUUCCUUUUUAUUAGUCAAUUUCUUGCAUGAUUUCUGCAUACCAUUGAUAAUUUGAUUUAUGUUUUCUUAAAACGGUAUACAAAUUUAUGAAUUGCAAUUUGUACAAAUAUUAUAUUGUAUUGUGAUGUGUUCAGCCUU